AUGUACAGCCCCACUCCGACUCCCGGCCGUGCAGAUAGCAGAGCAGAGCUCGAUAGUUUAAUCUCUCGGCUGGUCGAUCGACCUUCAUCUGCUGCCUUAAAAGAAGGUGUAGAAUCUCCCAAGGGUCGAGGGAGUAGACCCAAUUCUGUCCUCAGCGCCAGUCAACUGAGCGGGGAAAUUCUCGAAUCAGUGACGCCUCCAACUAGACCUGUGUCUCUCUCAAUUGCAACACAAACCGCGCCUUUCCCCGCUGCCGAACCCCCCGCUGCUGCUGCGGUCCCGCCACCUAAACCGGAGGUCGUCACCUACAGCAAAGGUGUCCAAACAGACUCAUGGACAGAACCCAGAAGCCGGUCCAUUGACGGCAAUUCUGGCUCAGAAGAUGAUAGCUCUCCCCCAACUUCACGUGCAAAUAAACAGUUGAACCGGAGACAGCAGCGUGAACGUGAUGAGGAGAUUAGGGGGAGGUUACGAAAGGAGGUUGAAGAGGAGAUACGAUCUGCAAAAGAAAUGGCAGGUGGGGGAACUACACAACAAUCGACAGAUAUAAGAUACCCAUUACGGACGCUUACGAAUGACGAGCUCAAUGCGGUCACCUCGUCAAAUGAUUUCUUGGACUUCGUAGAGAAAUCCAGCAGAGUUAUUGAAAGAGCCUUGGAUGAGCAAUAUGACGUCCUUACAGACUAUGCGUUAGGUGGUGUUAGUGCAAACGGUGGCGGUGAGAAUGAUGAAUAUGGCAAUGAUAAGAAACGAAGAGGUAUAGGGGAGCUUGUUCAGUUCUAUGACGAACGAUGGAGCAAGAAGCGAAUGAUCAGUGAUAUCAACUUUUCUCCAAAGUUUCCAGAAUUGGUACUCGCCUCUUACACAAAUAACGUCACCGCACCCCAUGAUCCCAAUGGAAUAGUACAAGUAUGGAAUCUCCAUCUCCAUUCAAGACCAGAAUACGUUUUUCACUCAAUGUCCGACAUCCUCACGGCGAAAUUCUCUCCAUUCCACCCAAACCUGAUCGUAGGUGGCUCCUACUCCGGCCAAGUCCUAUUAUGGGAUACCAGAUCAUCGCGUGCAGGGGGUGGAGCCCCCAUCCAAAAAACCCCCUUAACCGGUUCCGGUCACACCCACCCGGUUUACAACAUCUCCAUCGUCGGUACUCAAAAUGCUCAUAACAUCAUCACCGCCUCUACCGACGGCGUUGUCUGCGGCUGGACUGUCGACAUGCUCUCUCAACCUCAAGAAUACCUUGAGCUCACCACACCACCGCCAUCCAAAACAGAAGAUCUCGCACCCACAACUAUGACAUUCCCCCAAUCAGACCCAACCUUCUUCCUCGUUGGCACCGAAGAGGGUGCCAUAUACCCAUGCCACCGCUACGACCGCGCAGGCGCCAAAGCAGGUACCGAUCAUCGACUCUCUUAUCGCGGUCACGCCGCCCCCGUCAUGUCCACUGUCUUCCACCCAGCCCGUGGUGCCAUCGACCUAGGCGACCUGAUGCUUAGCUCUAGCCUAGACUGGAGCGUGAAACUCUGGCGUGUACGAGCGCCUGCCGUCACCUCUACUUCACACACAUCUGCCACCACACCCGCACAAGUGGUUUCGCCUGUCCUGGAUCUGAACCGCGAAGACGUCGUGUACGAUGCGCGCUGGUCCCCGCAUCGACCUGGCGUAUUUGCCCUUGUCGACGGCGCGGGGUCUGUCGAGGUGUGGGACCUGUGCACGGACACGGAGGUAUAUGCGGCGCGUGCAACGCCGACAAAGGCACGCAAUGCGGUUAUUGAGCAGAGUUUGAAUAAGGUUGCGUGGGAGGAGAGAGAUGGACGACGUCUGGCGACGGGUGGGCUCGAUGGCGUGGUAACGGUGUUUGAGGUUGGGAAGGACUUGAGUGGGGGCCCUGAUGAGGUGCCUGCUGAAGAGUGGUCGGCGAUGAAGAAGCUUGUGGCAAAGUUAGAGCAGGGGAGGGAUUAA